AUGCUCUACAUUCUUUUCCGACUCAAAAAAAAGGCGCGGCCGCGUUGGCAAUACCUGCCAGCUGUACCGGGCUUCGUUCCUGUAUAUAUUCAGAAUGGGGACACACCACUUGAAGAAAUCAACCCUGAACUAGCAGAGGCCUUCCACGCCCUCCCUGCGGGACGCAGCGCCCAUCGCACCGUCGAAGCUGCCACAGACGACGCAGAUAUUCCAACUGUUAUCGACACCCGCCCUUACGAGAAGAAACUGUAUGAGAAAAAGAAAAAGGCGUCUUUCGAUAUUCCUAAAUCGGUCGAACAAUGA